UGUGGCUGUCUGCAUUCCACAGGAGCGCACAGGCAGACCGAACAGUGCGGUAGCCGGGGUUGUGACCGGCCAAAUUAACCUGUAAAUAGUUCUAACUGAUACGGCUGGCACACUUUAGUGUACACUUCAGUGUACAUUUAUGUAGAUAUUUCUUUAAAAGAAGGAAAAUAAAAAAAGUGAAAUGCUGUUUUUCAUUAUACUUUUCUCAUAUUUACUGCAACUAAUAUCCUUAUAGAAUGACUUGUAUAGCUGUCUGUAACAACCGAUUAAACUGUGAGAGGAGCUGGUGCACCUACAUCCAAUAAGGUACUACACACAAUUUUUAUCCUAUCCUUUGGAAUAUAAUAAUCAUCAUGGUGAUCAUGACGGAGAGCAGCCAGGGGGCCCAGCCCAACCAUACCCAGGGAAGGCCUCUCCAGGUCGGCUUCUAUGAGAUCAUAAGCACGCUGGGGAAAGGAAACUUUGCCGUGGUCAAACUGGCAAGGCACAAAGUCACCAAAACACAGGUGGCCAUAAAGAUCAUUGACAAGACGAGACUAAACCCAUCCAACCUAGAGAAGAUCUACAGGGAGGUCCAGAUAAUGAAGCUGCUUAACCACCCCCAUAUCAUCAAACUCUACCAGGUAAUGGAGACUAAAGAUAUGCUGUACAUUGUGACAGAAUACGCCAAAAAUGGAGAGAUGUUCGACUACUUGACCUCAAACGGGCGCAUGAGCGAGGACGAGGCGCAGAAGAAGUUCGGGCAGAUUCUGACGGCAGUGGAUUACUGCCACAGGCACCACAUCGUUCACAGAGACCUCAAAACUGAGAAUCUACUGCUGGAUGCCAACAUGAACAUCAAACUGGCCGACUUUGGAUUCGGUAACUUCUACAACGCAGGCGAGCCCCUGUCUACGUGGUGCGGCAGCCCCCCUUACGCAGCACCCGAGGUGUUCGAGGGGAAGGAGUACGAAGGGCCACAGUUGGAUAUCUGGAGUCUGGGUGUGGUUCUGUACGUUCUCGUGUGCGGUUCCCUUCCGUUCGACGGGCCCAGCCUCCCUGCUCUCAGACAGAGAGUCACAGAGGGGCGCUUCAGAAUCCCCUUCUUCAUGUCUCAAGACUGUGAGAACCUGAUCCGUAGGAUGCUGGUGGUAGACCCAGCUAAGAGGAUCAGUGUGGCCCAGAUCAAGCAGCACCGCUGGAUGCUGGCUGACCCCACAGCUCUUCACCAGACCCUCAGCAUGACCCUUCCCCUCACAGACUACAACUCUAACCUGGGGGACUACAGCGAGCCUGUCCUGGGCAUCAUGCAAACCCUGGGCAUUGACCGCCACAGGACCAUUGAGUCUCUGCAGAGCAGCAGCUACAACCACUUCUCAGCCAUCUACUACUUACUGUUGGAGAGGAUCAGGGAGCACCGAGCCCAGCAGCUCAGCCGUCAGUGUGGACCCUGGAACCAGAGACCCAGGAGCACCUCUGACUCCGGUACCCCAGAGGUCAUCAUGGAGGACAGCUUCAGACCUUCAGCCUACCCCAUUCAAUGCAAGAGUACCCCUCCCAUGCACGCGGAGAUGGAAUAUGACCAAGGUGCAUUGUUCCAACGUGUGGUGUUCCCGGUGGAAGCCAGUCUGAACCGACUGCUGUGUAACCGCUCCAUCUCCCCCAACAGCCUGGUGGAGACCAGCAUCAGUGAAGAGGUGCGGCCCCGCGACCUGGAGGAGGAGGUCACACACACCUGCUCGGCCCUCGUCCUGCCCACCACCACCUCCCGGCGACACACCCUGGCCGAGGUCUCUGCUCGCUUCCACCAGUGCAACCCCCCCUGCAUCGUUGUCAGCCCCUCCGAUGGUGCGUCGUCUGACAGCUGUCUGAGGUCCUCGUCCACCCCCAACCCCGCUCUGCACCCCGCUGUAGGUGGCCUGUCAGCCGUGCUGGCCAUUGGGACUGAGCCUGGGGCACUGGUCCCCGCCGAUAGCCCACCGGCCCUCUCCUGUCACCUCCUCCCCCAGGCUCAGGCUGCCAGCUUCCAAGAGGGCCGCAGAGCCUCCGACACCUCCCUGACACAAGGUCUGAAAGCCUUCCGCCAACAGCUGAGAAAGAACACGCGCACUAAAGGCCUUCUGGGUCUGAAUAAGAUCAAAGGUCUGGCGAGGCAGGUCUGCCCUCCGACCUCCGACCGCAGUAGCCGUGGCACCUGGGGAUCAUUAGGCCCCACCAUCAGUGAGCACCGCAGCAUGCUGGAGGAAGUUCUGCACCAGCAAAGGAUGCUCCAGAUCCAGCACAAGCCCCAACCUCAGCCUCCUUGGCCAGCACCUACCCAGAAUCCCCCGCUCUUCCUGACCCAGCAGCAGCCCCCCUCCCCCACCUCAGUCUUCGCCGCCCCCUCCACCCUGUUCGACAACCCCGCCCCCUCCCUCCUCCAGGGGGAACCCCAACACACCCUGCCCUCCCACCAGAGCCCCCUGGCUCUCCAGCAUGCCUUCUGGCAGCAACCUCUGGAGUUAUCUUCACCCUCCUAUGGCUCCUCUUCCUCCUGCUCCUCCUCUUCCUCCUGCUCCUCCUCUUCCUCUCUCUCCCCUGUGGGUACUGCUGCUUACCUCCUCGAGGCUCGACUGCACAUAAGCCAGCAGUCCAGCCUCUACCUCGAGACCAACCUCUACCACCAGACCAACCCCCAGGACCAAGCCCAGGACCAGACCCAGGCUUUCACCAAGGGCCCCUUCCCCCUCAUGCCUAUGCAGGGGAUGUGGAGUCUGGAUUCAGCCUCCGGGAGAGAGUCUGAGAUGCAGGAGCUGGGCUGCGGUGGACAGCAGCAGCUGAGAAGCUGUGUGAUGGUGAAGUAAUGGGGGGAAAGAAAGGAGAAGCAGAAAACAACAACUUCUUAUUGGAACAGAGUGAUUGUUCUGCAUGAGGACAAAAUGUCCUGGUGAUGUCAUCACUGAUGGACAGGAAGGGUAAGCGCUUUUUGACAGUGGGAACAGAACUUUGAGACGUGGAGCUUCUCACAGACCAUCAGAUGAUGAGCAGAUGACGACAGAUCAGAUCCUCUAAAAGUGUGAAAAGAGAACAAUUGGGUAGAAAAACUGAGCAAAGUGGAGAUAGAUUUUUUUAAACUGAUGCAAGUCACAAAUCUACACUCUUGAACAACAUGCAAACACACAUCUAGUUGUGUGUGUCUGUGUGUGAUCACAUAAGCUGAGAAUUAAGCAAUAACCAAACUCUGGAGUGACGGCUCUGAGGUCUCAUCCGAACCCCCAGAGAAGCAAUAAAGGUCUGGGACCCCCUCAACACAACAGGGGACCUCCGUUCCUCUCCUUUGUCCCUGAUGGGGACCCCAACUCACCCCUGUCCCGCUGGGGAGGGGUGAGUGAAGGACUAGUCUUGAAACCCCAACGAGGACUGGUAUCAAUGUACCAUACUAGAUCAUUUAAGACCUAUUUCAACAGUUUCAUUUUUAUUUUUUUCAUCAAGUUUGAAAACAGGAGGAUCCAGUCUUCCUGAUUUUGUUUUGUGUUACUUUUCCAGUUUUGCUCACUGUAUAUAGACCUUAAUUACUUAUUACUUAUUGUUUUCACUUAAUUAGAAAAGACCAAAGUUAUUUCUUUAUUUUUACUUUGUUUGUCUUUUGGAGAAGAUAUGACUUAUUGGUCACAUACACAUGUUUAGCAGGUGUUAUUGUGGGUGUAGCGAAAUGCUUGUGUUCUUAGCUCCAGCAGUGCAGUAAUAUCUAACCAUACACAACAAUACACACCAAUCUAAAAGUAAAAGAAUGGAAUUUAGAAAUAUAGUAACAUUAGGAGUAGGAGUAUAUUGGUGUUAUAAUUAUAUAUAUAUAUAUACACACAUAU